AUGAAUAAUCGAUAUCGAAAUGCUCCCGGCCUUAGAGGCCCUACAAAAGCAUCAGCGAGCACUCUGUGCCAGAAAUGCUUGAAACGAGAUAACUACGAAUGUACAGCGUCGGCCCAAGAACGGCCAUAUUUGGCUCGACCAUCGCGCACGCAGCAGUUGCAAAAUCCGAAGCUAAGGCCGAAACUCUCUUCAGACACUCCCAAUGACCUCUUACGGACAGAAGGUCUGGCGGACAAGCUAUUAGCGAAACGAGAAGAGGAGCGCGGUCGAAAACGAGACAAUGAUGUGCUCGACCCGGUUGAGAGUCGGGGUCAGUCACCGAGACGAUCACGAUCGGAAUCAGCGCAUUCUAUGAGUUCCGUCUCAACGAUAUCUACCAGUCGAUCGCAAUCACGUUCGCCUCCUCGACAUGGCGGCGAUGAACGGACAGGAUCACGACAUUCAAGGAUAAGGAAAAGACAUUAUAGCGAUUCUUCAUCUGGGCGUUCUGUUUCGCCUUAUUCGUCUGGCGAGAGGGCUCGUUCGCGAUCCCGCGAGUGGGCACGCGACCGAAACACGCGGCGGAGGCGACGGGAAUCCAGCCCGGCUGAGCGUGGACGGUCUGCAAAUUUGUCCCGAGAUGGUCGCCAGAAAUACAGAUCUCGGAGUAGAGAUCGUGAUCAGAUCGCAAGGGGUCGACGUUCUUUGACUCCACAUCGCAGAAGACGUUCCAGGGGCGCGGCUCCGCCCGAGCCCUCACACAAUCGUUCCGAGCAUGCUCCUGGCAGACGACCUAGACACGAACCUGACUAUUCUGCUGCGCAGCCUCCAAGAGACCGCAGUCUAAGUCCCUUCAGCAAGCGUCUCGCAUUGACGCAGGCUAUGAACAUGGGUAGGUAG